GCACGCUGGCUCGGAUCCAAUCCCCCAUUUCUCCUCUCGGUCUCCGUUCCGCUUCGGAUCGAGAUUCCCUCGCCCAGAUCUCGAUCUUUGCCCUCGCUUCUUCCCCUAUCGGAGAUCUAGCUUCUCUUGCGCGUUCCGGAGCUGAAGGUCGAGCCCUAGAGGACCUCGCCGCGGCCUUAGCCAUGAACCCUUUCUCGUCGGGGACGCGGUUGAGGGAUAUGAUUAGGGCUAUCCGUGCCUGCAAAACUGCUGCAGAAGAACGUGCUGUCGUGAGAAAAGAAUGUGCAGCAAUCCGUUCUGCAAUCAGUGAAAACGAUCAAGAUUAUAGGCAUCGUAACAUUGCAAAACUCAUGUUUAUUCACAUGCUUGGUUAUCCUACUCAUUUUGGUCAAAUGGAAUGUCUCAAACUGAUAGCUGCUUCUGGAUUUCCUGAGAAACGAAUUGGCUAUCUGGGCCUUAUGCUUCUUCUUGAUGAAAGACAGGAAGUUCUUAUGCUGGUUACAAAUUCCUUGAAACAAGAUCUCAAUCACUCAAAUCAGUAUAUUGUGGGUCUAGCACUUUGCGCUUUAGGAAAUAUAUGUUCUGCAGAAAUGGCAAGGGAUUUAGCACCAGAAGUAGAAAGAUUACUCCUAACUAGAGAUCCAAACAUAAAAAAGAAGGCUGCCUUAUGCUCUAUCAGGAUUAUAAGAAAAGUUCCAGACUUGGCAGAAAACUUUUUGAGUCCUGCAGCUUCUUUGUUGAAGGAAAAGCACCAUGGAGUUUUAAUAGCUGGAGUUCAGCUUUGUACAGAUCUAUGUAAAGUCAGUGUGGAUGCCAGCAACUAUUUGAGGAAGAACUGCACAGAGGGAUUGGUUCGAAUAUUGAGGGAUAUCUCAAACAGUCCAUAUGCACCUGAGUAUGACAUUGCUGGGAUUACAGAUCCUUUCUUACACAUUCGACUGCUUAGGCUGAUGCGAAUGUUAGGUCAAGGAGAUUCGGAUACCAGUGAAUAUAUAAAUGACAUCCUUGCUCAGGUUGCUUCAAAAACCGAAUCAAACAAAAACGCUGGCAAUGCUAUUCUAUAUGAAUGUGUUGAAACUAUAAUGGGUAUAGAAGCUACUAGUGGUCUGCGUGUGCUUGCAAUCAAUAUCCUGGGUAGAUUUUUGUCGAAUCGUGACAACAACAUCAGAUAUGUUGCCCUGAACAUGCUUAUGAAAGCUGUUGCAGUAGAUUCUCAGGCAGUGCAGAGGCACAGAACAACAAUUCUUGAAUGUGUCAAGGAUUCUGAUGCCUCAAUUAGAAAGAGAGCUCUUGAACUUGUUUUUCUGUUAGUCAAUGACACAAACGCUAAGCCGUUGACAAAAGAGCUUAUCGACUAUCUAGAAGUGAGUGAUCAAGAUUUCAAGGGAGAUCUGACUGCUAAAAUUUGCUUGAUUGUUGAAAAGUUUUCUCAAGAAAAGAAAUGGUAUAUUGAUCAGAUGUUCAAGGUUUUAUCUCUGGGAGGGAAUUUUGUGAAAGAUGAUGCGUGGCAUGCUCUUAUAGUUGCAAUAAGUAAUGCACCUGAUCUUCAAGGAUAUUCUGUGAGGUCACUGUACAAGGCAUUCCAAACAUCAUCUGAACAGGUAAGUUUAGUACGAGUAACAGUAUGGUGCAUAGGAGAAUAUGGCGAGAUGCUGGUUAAUAAUGUUGGGGUGUUGGAAGUUGAGGAACCAAUGACCGUGACAGAAUCUGAUGCUGUGGAUGUUUUGGAGGCCUGUUUAACACGUUAUUCAUCAGAUAUUGCAACCCGAUCAAUGUCCUUGAUUGCUCUCCUGAAGCUUUCAUCGCGAUUUCCACCAACCUCAGAGAGGAUAAAAGAGAUUAUUACAGUGCAUAAAGGAAGUGUGGCACUUGAAUUGCAACAAAGAGCAAUUGAAUUCAACUCUAUAAUCCAGAGACAUCAAAACAUAAAAUCUUCUUUGGUUGAACGAAUGCCUGUUCUGGAUGAGUCGGCUUAUAUUGGGAAGAGAACUAGCUCUUCACAAGCAAACAUUGUAGCUGAUAAAUCUAGCCAACCAUCUUCAACUGCAACUACACUUAAAUUUCCAAAUGGUGUCGCGAAACCACCUGCUGCUCCCUUGGUUGAUUUACUUGAUCUCAGUGCUGAUGAUACAUCAGUUCCUUCUUCAACCUCUAAUGAUUUUCUGCAUGACUUGUUGGGCAUUGGCUUGACAAACUCACCAUCCUCAGGCAUUGCUCCAUCGGGGGGUACAGAUAUUCUUAUGGAUCUAUUAUCUAUUGGAACACCUGUUCAGAAUGAUACAGCAUCUAAAGUUGUCUCCUCCAACCAAGGAUUUGCACCAACAACCAAGCCUGUUCCUACCACCAUCCAAGUAAUGGAUUUGUUGGAUGGUUUACCAUCAAAUGGAUCUCUUCCAGGGUCUCAAACUCCAGUUUAUCCAUCUAUCACUGCUUUCGAGAGCAGCACCUUGAAGAUCAUGUUCAGCUUCACAAAGCAGCCUGAAAAACCACAUGUUAACAAAAUCCAUGCUACAUUUGUGAAUUUGUCAUCUGAUGCUUAUACAGAUUUUGUUUUUCAAGCAGCUGUCCCGAAGUUUGUCCAGUUACAUUUAGACCCAGCCAGCAGCAAUCAACUUCCGGCCAGUGGCAAUGGGACAAUCACACAAACUUUAACUGUUACUAAUAGCCAGCAUGGACAGAAAGCCCUGGCGAUGCGAGUAAGGAUGGUAUACAAAGUCAACAACCAAGAGAAAUCAGAACAAGGACAAAUCGACAAUUUCCCUCCUGGGUUAUGAGUAUUCAAACUACUUUGCCACAAGAAUUUACCGUCGCUUCAAAGGGAAACAUUACCUACUCGAUCUCUUUAUAUGUUCUUAAACAAUAGAGGGAAAUUUUGAUCAUUGAUUCAAAUGUAUUGUAUAGUUCAUUGGCAAUUAAAUAACAGUGUCAAGUUCCAGUACCCUUGGGCCCUUUUACACCAUGCAUUUGGAUUAGAUGUGUGCCGAACUUGUUCGCUCUCCCUGGUAGGGAGGCGGUUGUAAUGAAACCUGAGAUAGGGGUUGUACAAAUAUUUGUCAGAGUUAUCUAUUUACCGUCGUAUGCUGUCCUUGA